AUGGCAGCAACAGAAUCUAUUGCGGAACCUAAAGAAGCCGAAGAACACGUAGAGGGAGAACCUACCGCAUGCAAGACCGUGGCGUUGAGAGUCUCCAUCCACUGCCAAGGCUGCAAAAAGAAAGUCAAGAAGAUUCUGCAAGCCAUUCACGGUGUUUACAACAUAGACAUUGAUCAGAAGCAACACAAAGUGGUGGUAUCGGGAAACGUUCACGCCGAGACGUUGAUUUGGAAAUUGAACAAGGCAGGGAAGCAUGCAGAGCUAUGGCCUGAAAAAGCAGAUUCCAGAAAGAAAAGGCAAGGGCAAACAGAGAGCAGAGAGAAGCAACAAAACGACCCAGAAAGCAGCGAAGGGAUUAAGGGAAACGACAAAGAAGAUGUUAAGGUUGUCGCGCGAGACGCAUCCAGAAACACUGAAGGUACUAACAAUAACAAUAGUAACAACAAUAACUCCGUUAAAAACAGCGAUGGAUGCGGUGGGGGUAACGUUAUCAAACCAAAUGAGGGAUGCGCCACCGGUAAAGCUGGUGUUCAGUUGCAAGAGCCGAAGCCGGAGGUGAGGCAGACCGUGGUAUUACAACCGGCCGUUCCGGUAACCGAGAAAAAAGUCAGCAUCGCCGUUCAAGUUCCUAACGACAAUGAAGCAACCGGGAAUGAGAAUAAAACCGGUGGAGCCGGUACCAGUGCCGGUGCCGGUGCCGGCACUGGUGGGGCUAGUGUAGCGAAGAAGAAGAAAAAGAAAGCGACGGCGACGGCGACCGGGAAAGGGAGUAAUAUCAACAACAGUAAUGAGGGUGUGAGUGUUACUGUUGAACACCGCAAUGAUGUAAAACCUCACGAUGGUUCCGGUAACCAGUCACACGGUCUAGGUCAUGCUCAAGUUCAUGGGCCAGCGAUUCCGGUUUCAUGUUCAGUUCCAUUUUCGAUCCCAGCCAAUGAGAUUCCGCCACGUCAUGACUACAUUUACCGUCAGUACCCACCGCAUUACUAUGCUCCACCUCCUGCUCCCGUUAUUCAUAGUGUAAGCUACCACACGGCGCAUCCUAGCAGCAGCUACGGUGCAGCGUAUUAUGCCCCUCCGCAACCCUAUUCGUACGCCCACGUGGUGCGGCCAGGGAACGAAGUGGAGCCUCCACCGUACAUGUACGAAACGGAGUCGUAUACUCCAUCACAGCCCUCGGAUUCGUUCGAGCUCUUCAGCGAUGAAAAUCCUAACGCGUGCGCAGUCAUGUGA